GCCAAGGGUCAAUUUCAAUCGGCGUGCUCAUUUGAACAAGAGGAACCGCUACGAAGAAGAAGAGAAGAGCGGCCCAGUACUGAUUAUUCAACUUUCAAGUUAAUAUUGUACGUACACUCCUAAUAGGGUUGCACUUUAACAACGAAUUCUUAAUACCUCGAUCACUCCUACUCAUCGGGAUGGAGUGGCAGCCAGAUGAGCAGGGACUUCAGCAGGUCCUACAGCUGCUCAAAGACUCCCAGUCACCUAACACAGUCACACAGAGAGCUGUCCAACAAAAACUCGAACAACUCAACCAGUUCCCUGACUUUAACAACUAUCUCAUCUUUGUCCUUACACGACUCAAAACUGAAGAUGAGCCGACUCGCUCUCUGAGUGGUCUGAUACUGAAGAACAAUGUCAAAGCCCACUACCAGAACUUCCCAUCAGCCGUUGCUGACUUCAUCAAGCAGGAAUGCCUCAACAACAUCGGCGAUCCCUCGCCGCUCAUCCGUGCCACCAUUGGCAUCCUGAUCACAACUAUUGCCUCCAAAGGAGAGCUGCAAACAUGGCCCGAGCUGCUGCCUCAGCUCUGCAACUUGCUCAACUCAGAGGACUACAACACGUGCGAGGGCUCAUUUGGCGCACUGCAGAAGAUCUGCGAGGAUUCAUCGGAGCUGCUGGACAGCGACGCUCUGAACAGACCCCUCAACAUAAUGAUACCCAAAUUCCUUCAGUUCUUCAAGCACUGCAGCCCCAAGAUUAGAUCCCAUGCCAUAGCCUGCGUGAACCAGUUCAUCAUCGGCCGAGCCCAAGCCCUGAUGGACAACAUUGACACUUUCAUAGAGAGCCUGUUUGCGCUGGCAGCAGAUGAGGACUCUGAGGUCAGGAAGAAUGUAUGCCGAGCCCUGGUCAUGCUACUGGAGGUCCGCAUCGACCGCCUCAUCCCCCACAUGCACAGCAUCAUCCAGUACAUGCUGCAGCGAACCCAGGACCCUGACGAGAACGUGGCUCUGGAGGCCUGCGAGUUUUGGCUGACUCUAGCAGAGCAACCCAUCUGUAAAGAGGUGCUCUCCGGACACCUAGUGCAACUGAUCCCUAUCUUGGUAAAUGGGAUGAAGUAUUCUGAGAUAGACAUCAUACUACUGAAGGGUGACGUGGAGGAGGACGAGGCGGUACCAGACAGCGAGCAGGACAUCAAACCCCGUUUCCACAAGUCGCGCACGGUCACUUUGCAGCAUGAAGGAGGCGAGGGGGAGGAGGGGGAGGACAUCGAGGAAGACGACGACGACGAUGACGACACGCUGUCUGACUGGAAUCUGCGGAAAUGUUCUGCAGCAGCACUGGACGUGCUGGCCAACGUGUUCCGUGACGAGUUGCUACCCCACCUCCUGCCUCUCCUGAAAGGCCUGCUCUUUCACCUUGACUGGGUGAUCAAGGAGUCUGGUAUCCUGGUGUUGGGGGCCAUAGCUGAGGGCUGCAUGCAGGGCAUGGUGCCCUACCUGCCGGAGCUCAUCCCUCACCUCAUCCAGUGUCUGUGUGACAAAAAGGCCCUGGUCCGCUCCAUUGCCUGCUGGACCUUGAGUCGCUAUGCACACUGGGUGGUUUCCCAGCCCCCCGACUCAUAUCUCAAACCGCUCAUGACGGAGCUCCUGAAACGCAUCCUGGACAGCAACAAGAAGGUGCAGGAAGCCGCCUGCAGUGCAUUUGCGACCUUGGAGGAAGAGGCAUGCACAGAGCUGGUGCCAUAUCUGAGUUACAUUCUGGACACUCUGGUCUUUGCUUUCGGGAAGUACCAGCACAAGAAUCUGCUCAUCCUGUAUGAUGCCAUAGGAACUCUGGCAGAUUCAGUGGGUCACCAUCUCAAUCAGCCUGAGUACAUUCAGAAGCUGAUGCCCCCUCUUAUUGCAAAGUGGAACGAGCUGAAGGACGAAGACAAGGAUCUCUUCCCUCUGCUGGAGUGUCUGUCGUCAGUAGCCACCGCCCUGCAAAGUGGGUUUCUGCCCUACUGCGAGCCCGUCUAUCAGCGCUGUGUCACAUUAGUCCAGAAGACACUUGCUCAGGCUAUGAUGUACAACCAGCAUCCAGACCAGUAUGAAGCUCCUGACAAGGAUUUCAUGAUUGUGGCCUUGGAUCUGCUGAGCGGCCUGGCUGAAGGUCUGGGAGGACACGUGGAACAGCUUGUGGCUCGCUCUAACAUCAUGACCCUGCUUUUCCAGUGCAUGCAGGAUACCAUGCCCGAGGUGAGGCAGAGCUCCUUUGCUCUCCUGGGCGAUCUAACAAAGGCAUGCUUCCUCCACGUGAAGCCCUGUAUUGCUGAGUUCAUGCCCAUCCUUGGGCUCAACCUGAACCCAGAGUUUAUCUCCGUGUGUAACAACGCCACCUGGGCCAUAGGGGAGAUCUCCAUGCAAAUGGGUGCAGAAAUGCAGCCGUAUGGGGGUAUGGUGCUGCCACACCUGGUGGAGAUCAUCAAUAGACCCAACACUCCCAAGACUCUGUUGGAAAACACAGCCAUUACGAUCGGCAGGCUGGGUUUCGUGUGUCCUCAGGAAGUGGCGCCACAGCUGCAGCAUUUCAUUAGGCCAUGGUGCACGUCGUUGAGGAAUAUAAGAGAUAAUGAGGAGAAGGACUCUGCUUUCCGGGGAAUCUGUGUGAUGAUCGGCGUGAACCCUGCAGGAGUGGUGCAGGACUUUAUUUUCUUCUGUGAUGCUGUGGCCUCAUGGGUGAACCCGAAGGACGACCUGAGGGACAUGUUUUAUAAGAUCCUGCAUGGCUUCAAGGACCAGGUCGGAGAGGAGAACUGGCAGCAGUUCUCUGAGCAGUUCCCUCCUCUGUUGAAGGAGCGCCUGUCAGCCUGCUACGGCGUCUAACCCGGCCACCCCUUUGGUCCACGCAGGACACUGACCUGUUAGGUUAAUGAAGGGGAGGGUAACAGGGGAACUCAUUGCACUGCCCAGAACGUGGGGAGAAACUAGAGCUGGAGGGACGUGACUGGCCUUGACCCUCCACUCUGCGGAUAGCCUCCAUUUCCCCUCCCCCGUUGCCCUGUUUGUCUCUCUGAGGGAGGGUGGGAGGAGGGUGGUGGGUGUGGGGAGGGUAAACUGGGGAUAUACACAUACCUCUCGGAUAAAACGCCUCACUAAAUCCAAAAUGCUCAAAAGUGACUUUUCGCCAACAGCACCGCAGGGAUUCUAGGUAGGUGAGGGCAAAACGGAGGCCAAGUUCGACCUCCCCCCCUCCUCGAUAUUUUUUUUUUUUCCUCUUUUUUAUUUUUUAUUUUUAAAUUAGUCUGACAUAGAUGACGGCUGGGAGGGGAGGGGGGGUGGCAGAUAGGUACACUUUUAAAAACAAAACAAAAAGGAAUUAUCUGAAACAGCAUAGGGUGCCACAGUCCCAAAUACCCCACACAGGUGUUUAAACAGGCUCGUGCCAGAGGCUAAAUAAUAAAAACAGGCGCUUUUACUAUGUAACAAUGUGCACACAGUUUGUUUUGCACCUUUCACUGCAAAAAUCAUCAAAGCAUUUCGUGUGCAUACACAUGGGUCUUUUUCUUCUUUUCCUCUCUCCCUCCGUUUCACGUUUACUUCCUCUUCCCUUGGUUGCUGAAAAUCUUCAGGCUUGUAGCUAUUUUCCUUCCCUUGUCGGAGGCAAAGAGAUGCAGUACAUCUGUCCUCUUAAGGUUUUACCACCGCAGUACCAAAAUAUUGCAUGGCAUACGAUCACCUCUUAAGUGAUGCACGUUAGAGUAAAUGGGUUUUGUUUUUGUAUCGUUUUGUUUUUUUCCUUCUCCAUUUAUCGCGCUAGUCGUCGUCCGAACGGGGAGGCUUGCCAUAACGUAAAGCCGUCACGUGUGUGGUUCUUUUGUCCUCCCUUUUCAUGCAUAUUGUCUAAUCAGUGUCCAUGUAGUUAAAACGGAGGCAGCGCGCACAUGUGCGAAGAGCAGAUUAUAGGCAGGUUUAAUCAACCCGUGCGCAUUUUUGUUUGGGG